AUGAUUCCGCCCCCCACAACAUUGGGUGGACGAGCCGGAAAUGCUGCCCAUCGCUUGUCUGCAUUCUUGCAAUCGCUGCUACUCAUCAGCGGUGAUUUCGCUACAUUGCAGAAAGUGCUGUCAUCUCUUCUUAGCAUCACGACAGACUUGGGCGUGGAGAGCUUGCUUACCAAGCUGGAGCCGGUAGCAUUGUCAGCUGUGUUGCCAUUUUUCGGCCCUGCUCCCACAGAAGCUGCCGUUGGUGAGGACCAGCCUUUUCGAAUGCAAGCAGAAGAGUCUUUGGAUGUGGAUCCUUUCCGGGACGAGGCGGAACACUGCUUUGAUGCAGAGCAGGAGGAGUCGGAGCCAGCAGCUUUCAAUGCCGAGUGCUAUCGACCACGAUGGGGCACAGUGGCUCGGUGUGCCAUCGAGCUGCACCAUGUUCUCCCAGCACUUCGUUUAGGGUGGAGCAAGCAGGCAUACCUGGCAGGCUCAUCCAUGCAAUCGCGAGGUGUGAAUGUGGAGGCAGUCGACAAGUUGGUGCAAUGUCCAUGGUUUGAGAGCUACUUAAUCAUGUUGAAAACUUUUUCAGCGAUCGUGUUGCAUCUGAUUCACUGGGUAGAGAGCUGUCCCUGCCACUGGCACCUGUUGACGGGUGCUUCAGCUCAGUUGCUCAGCAGAUCAGACAAGCAUCUCCUGGAGCAAUGCCCCAUGCGCACUAGGCGAGCGCCCGAAGUCUCCCAGGGAGACUUCCUCAAGGAGCUGAGUUCCUUCUCCUCUCACUCAGGUGCGAACUUUCUGCGACAAUUCCCUGCAGACCUUUCGGAGUCUCAGCAAGCGGCCCUCGUCAGAGAAUUUGAGCAUGGCAGGGCAUAUCUCACCAUGGUGUUGAUGUUGAAGACAGCACACUUUCGUAGCCAGCCCUGGUCUGCAGCAGGGUUGGCGUAUCACGAUCAGGAGCGGGCUCGUGAGGUGUGGAGUGCUUUUCGCGCAAGGCUGGACACAGAUUCAGUCGAGGCGGCUUCGCUUCGCAGACAGUUGCCGCAGUUGGUCAGACCAGAAGUGCUGCGUGAGGGCGACAAUUGGUACUGUGGUGCUGACUUGGAUUCCUGUCCCGAGUUUGCCGAGGCGAUUUCUUGCCUUGCUCUCAUACCGAUUGCAGAGCGCAGGGUCGAGUCUCAACAUGCUCGGACCCAGAAAGGCUCCAAGAAGAGUCCGCGCCAUAGCCCGGCGUACAUGUCCUUGCAGCUGCGGGGCAAGGAGAUCAGCGAACAGAUGUGCAAGGAUCCGAAGGAGUUUGUGUCCAGGCUAGCCCCUUGCGUGUUUCAAUGCCGCUCAUAUAGGAAGGCUGCCCAGGCCGUGAGUCUAAACAGGCACCCAGCCAUUGUCAAUGGGUCCGAGAAUUACCGCGACCCUGUUGUUCGUGAUGCAAUCUACCGUGCAGACACCGCCAGUCUUCAUCAGCCAAUGCCAGAUGUUUUUGUUAGAGACAACAACACCCGUCCGCCCCGAGCUGCUCUUCCCGCUGAGGUGUUGGCUGAUUCUCGAGCUGGGCAACUGGUCCACCAACUCAGCCUCGAGCACCUGCGUGCCCGAGUGGAGGACAUUCUGAACAGCGGUAAAGAGGGAGCCGGUUCAUUGAGUUCAUUGGUCUUUGCGUUGCCUUAUGACAGAGCCGCCUUUUCCUUGCUCCGCGAACAUGUGCUGCCAAGCCAAAGUCAUCUUCCCGUUGUGACCAGAGUGCAAGAAGAAGAAUUUUUAGGCAGUCUCGUGCAAAGUAGCAGCAGACCUUCUGUGACGGAUGUUGAUGUCUUCUUCCAGUCAGCUCGGAUGAUGCCAGGGAGCCAGCAUGUGCAGAUGAUUUUCUUCAAACUGUUGCCAUCCAUGCAUCGCAUGAAGCGUUUCCAGGCCUCAGGUGAGCAUCGUUUUGAUGCCACAGACCUGCCAAUCGCAAUGAUGAGGCCGGUGCAAGCAGACUUGGAAGCAAGAGAAGUGUACCUAGAUUCAGAGCUCAUGAGUUUGCGCUCCACUGUGCCUGGAAUGUCUGUGGCUGACGUCCCGUGUGUCAUCUCUUUACGCUCUGCAACUUUGCCGCAGUUGAAGUUAAUGUCAGUCUUGCAGUCAGAUCCAGAGUCUCGCUACUUGUUCCGUCCGUGCCCUGAGCUGCUGCGUGUCGGCGAGUCUGCAGACGCCUCCUUGCUGCAUGGUGUCUUAAAGCAGAUAUGUGCCCGGGGCCGAGCUGGGUUGCCCGACGUUUCCAGGUUUUCUUCCGGCGAAAAGGAGCUCUUGGAAUCUCUGCAACAAUGCGGACUGUUAACAGCAGACAUGCCCAUUCAGCUUACUGAUCGUGGUCAGGAACUUCUUGUUGUGGCCACCCGAGUAUCUCAGCCUGAAUCACUCCUCAGUGUCGGCGAUGGCCCGGUGCAGGAGCGAAGCCGUUGGCAACUUUUGCAAGGGUUGUUAGAUUCUGGUUGGGUUUUGCGCUUGGCGAGUGGCCGUGUCUGCCGCGAAGCCCCAAGCUUUGUGCACGGAGAAGGUGACAAGAUCCUCUAUUUACAGCAAUCAGAAAAAAACCAGAACAUUGUCUGUAGCCGACACUACCUUUUGGCUUUGACACUUGCAGACCAACACGGGCUGGCAGUGCCGCAUGGGAGCAGCAAUGCUCAAUAUAGCAGGAUCCUCAGUGGCUUGGAGGCACUGCCGCUUGCAUUGCGGCAGGAAAAGGCCACUCGAAAUUUCCGGCCAUUGCAAGAUGGGGACGAUUGGCUAGAUGCUGAGGUGGCUCCGAGGCCCAAGCGUGCCAGGCGCCGCAGAGCUGCUCAGGGCGACUCAGGACCAGGCAGCCAGGCAGACCAGGCAGUUGUUGAGCUGUCUGGAUCUGGGUUGCGUAGCUCUGCAGAAGUCCAAGUCAUGCCGCAUGACCGUGAUGGUGAUGGCGAUGAUGAUGACGAUGCUGAGUUUCAAGCUUUGAGCAUGGAGGAGCAAGUACAAGCGCUUCUUGCAGAGAUUGACAGUGACAACGGAGCUGUCUUGAGUGAUGCUGCUUCUGAGCCUGGCAGUGCUGGCAGCGGUUCCAGCUCCGGACGUGAUCUGACUUUGAAGAAGCUCAAGUGGUGGCUUCUCCAGGCAUCCUUGUACAGAAACAAAGACGAGCAUGUGCGUGUUUGCCCGUAUACAUGGGACGGCGAUGAGCCUGAUGACGACGAUCUGGAAGCAACCGCAUUCGGGUAUUGA